GCUGUUCGCAUAUUGGAGCAUCGCCACAAAUCCGCAGUGCUUGGAGAUUUCAGUGUAAAAUAACGACCGAACUGGUGAACAACCGACGCGGAUACAAAUUUGACAAAUUUGAAUUCAAUUAAAGUACUGUACCGUUUCCGUUGGGGAAAUAGACGAAUAUUUUUAAAUUCGCUUUCGAAGCUAAAACUAAAACAUAAAAGUUCGCACAAUGAGUUGUGGCAUUUCUUUGGUUAAAUAUCUGCUAUUCUUAUUUAAUUUGCUAUGUUCGAUAUGCGGCAUAUUGCUAAUCGUCUUUGGCAUACUGCUCUUCAGCAAUAUACACAAUAUCGAUGACAUAGCCGAGGCUGUACAAACACAACAAGUGCCCAUUACAAUGAUCGUUUUGGGUUCGGUGAUCUUGUUGAUCUCCUUCUUCGGUUGCUGUGGCGCGAUACGCGAAUCUUAUUGCAUGUCGAUGACGUAUUCUGUGCUGCUCUUCGUACUAAUGAUCGGACAACUCGCACUCGUUAUAUACAUGUGGGUCGAAAAAGAUCGUUACCUGACAAUGAUGGGUGAUGUCGUCGAGAAGGCAUGGGCGCGUAGGACACGCAAAUCCGACUACAUGGAUGCCAUACAAAUUAGUAUGGAAUGCUGCGGUAAGAACUCUUACAUUGAUUACUCUUUCCAAGGCUACUAUCCACCAUCAUGCUGUAAGGGUAGUCACUGCGGCACUGAUAAUGUCUAUCGUCGUGGCUGUAAGCAGGCAUUUGUCGAUUUCUGGGAUAGGAAUAGUGAUGUUAUCAAAUAUGCCGGUUUGGUUGUUGCAGCCAUUGAGUUCGUUGGCUUCAUAUUCGCCUGCUGCUUAGCGAAUAACAUUCGAAAUUACAGACGUCGCUCGGCCUACUGAGUAUUUUGAGUGUUUUUACAACACAGAAUCUCAAAUUAAUUUUGCAAAUUUGUAUGUAUUUAUCUUUGUAACAUUAGUGAUAAUGUUUAUUAAAAAAAAAUAUACAAAAAUUAGUUAUGUAAUCCAACGAAAAUGGCAAUCAAUGUAUAAUAGAAGUCGAAAUUUUAAGAUCUACACGCGGUGGCAAUUACAAAAGUAUACUUACUUUAUAUUUUUAUUGUAAGCAAUUUGAUAAUUGUAAUAAAAUAGCAUUAAAAAUAUCAACUAUUGAGAUAAUUUUUAAUAAAAUUUGUAAUUACUAACAAA